AUGACCCAUAACAAGACAUCUAGUUUAAUUGACUUCGCAAAAAAUAAAUAUGAAUGUAUAAACUUAAUAGAUCAAUUUCAAGAACGAGAAGAAUACGAAAGCGAUAUAUAUUAUACAGAUGAUGCUCUAAAUGAAUCAAAUUGUUCGAUAAGUAUUCUUGCUACAGGAACUUUUCCCAGAUGCCAAUCGACUUCGUCGAUAUCUUAUGAUUCAUUCACUCAAUCGAACGUACUGAGGGUUUCCACUCCAAACCAAGCCAAUAACUUUUUAGACGAUUACAUCAUACAACAGACUACCGAACCGACACAGAAAGACAUGAUAAAGAAUGGAUCGUCUGGUUCCAUUGACCGACAGGUUCCUCCAACACCGUCAACUGGUCAGUCUGAUUAUGCUUCAUCAUCACCGAUAUCAUCAAAUUCAACUCGAAGACAACGGAAAUCUCCAAUCGAUGCAUAA